AUGUGUGAAGGUAAUAGUUGUGCGGAGAUUGAAAAGAUAUAUGAAAUUGCAAUCAGUGGUUCAGACGAAGAGAAGAUAUCUGCUGCUACCAUUCUGUGUGGGGCAUCUCUAGUACGUGGAUGGAAUAUACAGGAACACAGUAUUCUUUUUAUCACAAUGUUGCUCACACCUGUUGGUCUGCCUAAUCACACUGAGACCGAAAGCCAUUUGAUCAGCCUAGCUCCAUUUCUAAAUGUCCUACUUGUAGGAAUUUCAUCUAUAGACUGUGUUCAUAUUUUCUCCCUGCAUGGUUUGGUUCCGUUACUUGCGGCAGGGCUAAUGCUAUUAUGUGAGGUUUUUGGCUCACGUGUUCCUGAUGUCACAUGGACUGUCACAGCCGCAGAACAACUCUCUUAUCAUGAGGUGUUCUCUAAUGCAUUUACUCUUUUGCUUAGAUUCUGGCGGUUCGAUAUUUUACCCAUUGAACAAGUAAGGACCAAUGCAGCAGAUCCACCACUUGGAUCUCUAUUUAGUCCGGAAUACCUUUUAUUGGUUCGAAACUGUAGAGUAGCAGCAUUUGGAAGAUCAACAAAGGAUAUUCUAAAGCUCAAAAGACUGUCAAAAAUUAUUAUGAACUAUCCUAAGGAAUCUGUAUUUAUGAAUUCCUUUCCAAAACUAUACUUUUGGUAUAAGCAACACCAAAAGUGCAUUGCUUCUAUUCGCUCUGGUCUUGUGCCAGGAGGGCCUGUUCAUCAGAUUGUUGGCGCUUUACUAAGCAUGAUGUUUUUGAAGCUACAUGAUGGUUCCGAAUCUUUGAAACCUGCGACCUUGGGAAAAAGCAGUUCAUCUGGAUCUGGGUCUACAUUGGAUGAUGCUUUAAUGAAACUAAAAGUGCCUGCCUGGGAUAUCCUGGAAGCCAUUCCCUAUGUGCUGGAUGCUUCUCUUAAUGCUUGUGCGCACGGAAGAAUCUCUAGCCGUGAAUUGUCAACAGGCAUCAAAGAUCUAGCCGAUUUUAUACCAGCAUCUUUAGUUGCCAUUGCAAGCUACUUUUCAGCCGAAGUUACAAGGGGCAUAUGGAAGCCAGCUUUCAUGAAUGGAGUUGAUUGGCCUAACCCUGCUGCAAAUUUAUCCAUUGUUGAGCAACAGAUAAAGAAAACUUUAGCAGACACGGGUGUUAAUGUACCAAGCCUUGAUAUUGAUGGAGACUCUCCAGCUGAACUUCCUUUGCCUUUGGCAGCUUUCGUAAGCCUGUCAAUAACAUACAAAUUUGACAAAGGCAGAGGGAGAUUCCUUAUGCUGAUUGCCCCAGUUCUUACCGCCGUUGCUUCUGGUUGCCCCUGGCCUUGCAUGCCCGUAUUAACUUCUCUGUGGACCCAAAAGAUGAUGCGUUGGAGUGAUUACUUUGUGCUCCGUGCUUCCGGAACUGUCUUCCAGCACAAUAGAGAUGCUGUAGUUCAACUGCUAAAAAGUUGCUUCAAAUCCACUCUUGGAUUUGGCACUACAUCUAUGAGUGAUGAUGGUGGUGUUGGUGCCCUUCUUGGUCAUGGCCUUCCUUUCCAAGUAGCCAGUGGGGUUUCUCCAGUUGCUCCAGGGAUUCUUUACUUAAGAGUGUACCGGUCUAUUGGAGAUAUCUCAUUUUUGAACAAAGAAAUCAUGUCCAUUCUAAUGCUUUCAGUUAGAGACUUGGUAAGUGGCGAGUUAUCUAAAGGCAAUAUAGAGAAAACCAGACAUGGAACGAAAUGUGGACAUAUUUCUUUUGUCAGAUUCAUGGCAUGUGCCAAGCAUGCUGCAUUACUCGGGGCUUCUUUGAUUUGGAUAUCAGGUGGUCAAAAAUUGGUUCAAUCAUUGAUGAUAGAUACAGUUCCUUCCUGGUUUUUAUCAGCUAAUAAGUUGGAGUAUAAUGGUGAACAACCUGGAGCUCUGGUUGCUAAGCUUAGCGGCCAUGCACUGGCGUAUUUUGUUAUGCUUAGUGCGGCAUUUGCAUGGGGUAUUGACCAUUACCCAGUUCCACCAAAUCAACGGGCAUUGGUUAUUGGGAUGCAUUUAGAAUUCCUUGCAAGCAUCCUGGAGAGGAAUGAAUUUCUAUGUUGCCAUCGUGCUACUUGGCGAACCUAUGUGUCAGAUUUUUUGAAGUUGAUGGUGGAUUGCACUCCAAUGUGGGUCCAAGAAGUUGAUGUGCAAUUGUUGAAGAAACUGAGCCAGGGAUUAAGACGAUUGAAUGAAGAUGAGUUGGCUCUUCGCCUUUUGCAAGUUGGAGGGAUAGGCGUCAUGGGCGCGGCAGCUGAAAUGAUAAUAAAUUUUGAACGUAGGUUGUAA